AUGUCUGGUAGAGGAAAGGGCACUGGUGGGAAAGCUCGCUCCAAGGCGAAGUUCCGGUCGUCCCGGGCUGGCUUGCAGUUCCCGGUGGGCCGUGUUCACAGGCUUCUGAGAAAGGGUAACUAUGCUGAGCGUGUGGGUGCUGGAGCGCCGGUCUAUCUGGCUGCGGUGCUCGAGUAUCUGACGGCUGAAAUCCUCGAGCUGGCCGGUAACGCGGCCCGGGACAACAAGAAGACCCGCAUCAUACCCAGGCACCUCCAGUUGGCCGUGCGCAACGACGAGGAGCUCAACAAGCU